AUGGAUGUACCAUUGUGGGAUAUGGUGGCGGACUACCAAAUUUAUGGUGUGGUCCCAAGAGAUGGUGGUGGGCCACUGAAUGGCAGUGUCGGUUCAAGAGAUGGUGGCGGACCACCGGAUAAUGGCACUACCUUGAGGGAUAGUGGUGGACCACCGGAAGAUGGUGUUGCCUCAAGAGACGAUGGUGGCUCACCAGAGGAUGGCUCUGUUGGGGUGUUAGCUGCUUCCAACGACACCAUCGGGUGUAUCGGGCUAUGUGGUGGUUUCGAUGGUUCACCCGUCAUCUUCUUCGUCAUGAGUGGCUCAGUUGAAAAACAAGAGAGAGUGUGUUUGCGUAUCUACUUGUAA